AUGGUUGUCCCCACGUUCCCGGAGCGUAACCGCCCGCAGGGACAGCCGAAGCGCAACGCCGAUGCUGACCCGCCAUCCCCUCGCCACCGCAUGGCAAAACGCCAGCGCAAUGCAAUCACCGCGAAGGAGAAGCUCCACUGGUUGAAGAUGCAGGACUCGCAGCCCGACCUGUCGAAUCGCGCCCUGGCGAAGCUCGCGAAGGACCACCUCAUGCUUGCCCACAUGCGGGACAAGGGUGAGGUGGAAGUCCUUGACGACGUCAACGACCUGGUUGACGACGAGCUCAUCGUCAACCCCUUCUACGCCGAAGUCCCCAUGCCGGCCGAGGAGCUGCAGGCGGCGGCACAGGAGGCUGACGCCGCUGAGGAGGACGCGGAAGCGGCGGCGGCAAAGGAGGAGGGGGGCGUGCUUGAGGAAGGCGGGGAGGCAAUUGAGCCCAGCGAUGAUGAAUGGUGGCGCCCUGGCCGCUUUGACGGGGAAAAUUGUGAAGAAUGGCAUGCAGGAGACGAUUCUGCGUAG